AUGUUAUAAAAGCAAACGAAAAAAUCCAAAGAAGGAGAACCGUUAUUUAAUGGGUCUUUCAAGGAUAAUAAUGAAACUGAUGAUAAAAGAAAAAAGAACAAACUGAUUAUGAAUGUUUCAGGUAACUUUGAAUUUAAAUAGAGAUACAAAAUAUGAUGUAGUUAAGUUUGUUGGGAAAAAGCUUUUUAAAUGGGUAUUGUAAUAUGAACCAGAUGGUGUUAAUUGGGAUAUGUUUUGGACAGAUGCAGCUGUUUAGCCAGAAACCUUAGGUAAAAUGUAACGUAAGUUUGUUAAACAAUAUUUGAAAAGCUCAUCAAAAGAUAAACCAUUUUCCAGGAAUGUAUUCACUUGCUCGCAAAAAUCAUCUUGGAAGAAAUUUGAUGAAGAUGAGAAAACAAUUUCCAAAUGAUUAUAAAUUUUUUCCGUAAACAUGGUUAUUACCAGCUGAAUAUGGGGAUUUUAAAAAUUAAUUUGUCAAAGGAAAAGUAAGAACAUUCAUAGUAAAACCAGAAGCAAGUUGCUAGGGAAAAGGAAUAUUCCUGACUAGAAAUAUCAAUGGUAUAAAUCCAACUGAUCAUUAUGUGGCAUAAAGAUAUAUGCACAGACCCUUUUUAAUAGAUGGUCUGAAAUUUGAUUUACGAGUUUAUGUAUUAUUGGCUGGAACAGAUCCUAUGAGAAUUUAUGUAUAUUAGGAUGGAUUAGUUAGGUUUGCAACUGAGCCAUACGUUACUCCAACUUCAAAUAAUUUGGAAGAUGUUUGUAUGCACCUAACAAAUUAUGCUAUCAAUAAAGAAAAUCCGAACUUUGUUUACAAUAAUGAUGCUACUAAGAUGGAUAUUGGUCACAAGAGAUCAAUUAAAUCUGUGUUUGGUAAAUUAUAGGAGGAAGGACAUAAUAUCAAAAAAUUGUGGUAGGAUAUGUAUAAUUUGUUUAUAAAAACAUUCUGCACUGUUUAACCAAUUCUUAGUCAUCACUACAAAUCAUGUUAACCUGACAAUUAUGCAAAUAAUAUGUGCUUUGAAAUUCUUGGAUUUGAUAUCUUCAUCAAUGAUAAAUUAAAACCCUUUUUAUUAGAAGUCAAUCAUACACCUAGUUUUACUACAGAUACGCCAUUAGAUUCGUUUAUUAAGAAGAACCUUAUCAGAGAUACUUUAAAAUUGAUAAAUGUAAGUCUUAGAGCUAAAGAAGAAAUAAUAGCAUCAAGGAAAGAGUAAUUAUAAUAAAGAGUACUAACAGGCAAAAAGUAAAAAUUAACACAAGAAUAGAAGUAAAUUCUUAUUUAAUAAUGCUCUGAAUAACGAGACAAAUAUGAAAAUAUUAAUUUAGGAGAAUAUGUCAAAAUAUUUCCAUUAGAAGAUGCUCAUGAAUAUAAUAAAUUCAUUUAAUUUGCUUCUUUACUAUAAGAUAAUUGGACUGGAGCAAGUAUUUAUAGUAUAGAAUUGAAUAGAUAUUAAAAGAAAUUAGAAGAAGGAGCAAUCUGAAACUCCUGUAAUUUAGGUAAGUAAACCCCCAGACAAUCCAAUUAAGAAAAUAAAUACUCCUUAAAUUUUACCAAAAAUUAACAAAAAAUAAAGCAAACUUCAUAAGUUAACUGAUUCUGAUAGAAAUACGGAAUCUAAAAGUAAGACAUAAUCAAGUUCAAGAAAAAGUACAAAAGAAUAAACCAGAAAAGUAUCCUAUCCACAACUCCCAAAACAACAUCAAAGUAUGAAAAAUUUAUAGUUACAACAAUAAUAAUAACUUAUUCCAACAUAGUAAGAGCAAUAAAAAUUAUGUCUAUAGCCUAAAUUAUUUGAAUUAGACAUGGCAAGUCCUAAGAAAGAUCAUUUUCUCAAAAUAAAAUAUUACAUUAAUUCAAAUUGA